AUGGUCUCGGCGAUGGGGUCAUAUCCGCCAGAAUUCCCCAGGGGAAACUUUCCGGAGGAGACCUCAAGCGCAGUGAUUGACAUGUGCCAUACAGUGGCUAUUUCAGUACUGUCCAAGCCGCCGGCGCCGGAGCCAGUCCCUACAGAUAAGGUGGUGCCUGUGCCACUACUGGACGACCAGCCUCGCUGGCAUCAACGGUGUGUGCAUUAUGGCUAUCUAUUCAACGAUGUUCUGGACUCGGAUAAACUGCGACAAGCAUUGCAACGUCUGAUAGAAAUCGGGGAGUGGCGGAAACUUGGAGCACGGAUACGAAUGAAUAAAAAUAGAAUACUGACAGACAUUCAGAGCCAUGGCAAGCUCGAGUACCAUAUCCCAGCCCACUUUGAUGCAGCAAGGCCGGGAUUCGUCUUGACCUCCGAUAAACAGCCAAUGAGUAUCAGCGAGCAUCCACUGGCAUCCAAGUUGCCUACAAGUUCAGGACAGCCGUUCCUCUCCUCUCAUCUAGAUAUAUCCUCACUGUCACUUCACCCCGACUGCCCACGGAAGCUCGAUGACUGGCUAUACUCUGACUGGCCACUUCUUGUCAUCCAUGUCGUGAAUUUUCAUGACGCAACUCUGCUGUCGCUGACGUAUCUGCAUGUUGUCAUGGAUGCAAUGGGUAUUAAGCACCUCUUUCAGGCAUGGUCCUCGGUAGUGAACGGGCGUGAGGAAUAUGUUCCGAGGUUUCGGGGAAUCGACGAAGAUUUAGGACGGACCGACAGCGCCAUAGUGUCGGCGAGAGAGUUCAUUCAAUUUCCAAAAUGGCUUCGAAGCUUUAGAUGGAUCAUAUUCCGCUUCCGCAUGUUCUGGGAAAUGUUUAGGUACGGCCAGCAGGAAACUCGUCAGCUGUGCAUACCCGGGCAUAUUAUCAACAUCAUGCGUGGCCAGAUGAUGCGGAAGCUUGAGCAGACAUCCCAUCAGCACGCCGAGUCAGUCUACUUAAGCGAAAGUGACGUUCUCUUAGCAUGGUGGACUCGAACAAUGCUGAAGGGGCUCGGUGAGACUGGGAGGCGUCCAAUUGCCUUGUACAAUCUAUUUGAUGCUCGGGCUAAUUUGCCACGUACCUCUACUUCCGGCGAGGACGCCUUCAUCUCCAACGUGAUUCUUCAUGCAACGACAUCUUUGCGCGCCCGAGAGAUGGUCUACCGGCCACUCAGCUUUCUGGCAUGGCAUAUUCGGUCCGCGCUAAUCCAGCACCGUACCAGACAUCAGAGCCUAGCCCAGUUGGCCACCCAGAAAGUCGCACUUGACACCACUGGCGCCACAGCUCUCUGGGGGGAGCCGACCUCAUUAAUCAUCUUUUGCACUAAUUGGCAUAGGUGCCAACUCUACGAAAUCGAUUUCUCUUCUGCGGUAAUCCCAUCCGCAAGCCCAGCCACCGGUCGCAGAAACACCAUAGGCAGACCAUUGCAACACAUUACCGCUGCGAUGCCGAAAUCGCUUCAUACCCGGAAUUUUGGGAUCAUAUUUGGCAAAGAUGGUGCAGGAGAUUGGUGGCUCGCCUGGACAUUACGUGCGCAAGCAUGGCCAACCAUCCAAAAGGAAUUGGAAAGGCUGGACAAGUUGGAUAAACUAGGCCAGCUGGACCAGCUACAGGAAGAUAAAAGAUCACACUCCAAUCAGGGCAGAAAUGCCUAG